AUGAUGCAGAGGUCAGUGGUGGACAUGGGGUGUAGAGUGGUCGGAAGGGAGAUCAGCCACUGGUUGUGUGCUGACCUUCCUCUGAUUGAGGCGGACUUUCCCGACAUGCUGGUCCCGGCCCACACAGGGGACAGACAUUCCCGAAAUCCCAGAAGUCAUUUCCCGGCUAAGGACCUGUCUCCUCAGUCUGAUGAAUACGUACUGGACCUCCUGGACACCACGGAGAAGAAGCUGCAAAAACUCCUAGAGGAGCUGGAGGGCCAGGAUAUUGCAGCCGUCCUCAGACAGAUGGAGGAAGAUGAGUUCCAGGCCAAGAUAGAGGGCAAACUUCCAGCCUACAACGUGCGCAUCGCACUUCCAGCUCCCACCAAGCAGGAAGCAUUUGAAGACGAAGAAGACAGCGGAGAGGAUGAAGGUGACGUGGUCACCAGAGCCGCUCUGAAGAGACAAUCUCAACAAAUUGUAGAGUCCAAGACCAAGAGAAAAUCCCGUCCCAAGAAGAAGAAAGGAAAGCAAUAAGGAUAACCACAAAGCAGAAUGUUCUACCUGUCAUUAAAGUUA